UAGCAUGUGGUUAUGGAAGGUGUUUCGUAUUGAUCCAGUAUGUGGUGACAGUUCUCAGUUUGUGCCGUGGACCUGCUGGUUGAACUCUUCGAUCCUCUGGAGGGAAUAAUAUUUCUGUAGCACAACAUGCCUAAAAGGAAGUCUCCUGAAGGGGCCCAUGCCAAGGAUGCCUCCAAGGUCACCAAGCAGAAGGUCACCAAGCAGGAGCCCACCAGGCGGUCAGAGAGGUUGUCAUCGAAACCAGCUCCUCCCAAACCUGUUGAGGUCAAGCCUAAGAAGGCUAUAUCCAAGGACAUGAAGGAAAAGAAAGGUGGCGCUAAGGUGAAGGAGGAUGGCCCCUCCCAUAACGGACAGGCUAUGACUGAGGAGAUCUGUGUGUCUCGCUCCAGUGUCAGUGUGACCUACUACAGAAGUCUUGCUCCCUACUCCAUGUCUGUCAGAGGCCAGAGUGAGACAGUCAGAGUCAACGGAGACUGAGGCUGUGGAGGCGGAGUCGGUCAAGGAGAAGGAAUGAGGAAGUGGGGGGGUCUUUCUCUGACUCCUCCCAAACCAGUACCAUGGAAACGGAGGAUUAUUUUUUUUUCCAGGAUUUUGUAAAAUGCUGAUUUUUUUGUUUGUCCUGUGAUACUAGCAAAGAUAACCAGCAGCAACCCACUUCCACACUCCUUACAGUUGUCUCUCCCUCUCCUCUCCUUUUCUUUCCUUUCCUUCCUGGAAGACAGAAUGAAGUGACAUGUUUUUAUAAAAUGGUGAUGCCUCUCAGUUCCUCUCUAAACAAUGUCAUGUCCUCUUGACCGUGAUGGCUCUUUUGUGAUGACAUCGCUGUAAAUUAAGUGGACCUUCCACCUCUGACAUCAGAGACCCAAGGGUCAGACUAGGCUCCUAUGAUAUAACAAGUGACCUUUGACCCUGACCUGAGGUGUUGCCAUGGUGAAUAUUUGCAGCUUUUUAAACAGAUUUAGAAGUGUUCAGAAUCGCCAGCCAUUCCUGUGUUGUAAUUUGUGAGUCUGUGGUUGUCUGUCAGAGUAGACUGUUCUAGAACUCUGGCUUCCAGAACCUCUGGGUUCCACCCUGGUUGUCUGUCAGAGCAGACUGUUCUAGAACUCUGGCUUCCAGAACCUCUGGGUUCCACCCUGGUUGUCUGUCAGAGCAGACUGUUCUAGAACUCUGGCUUCCAGAACCUCUGGGUUCCACCCUGGUUGUCUGUCAGAGCAGACUGUUCUAGAACUCUGGCUUCCAGAACCUCUGGGUUCCACCCUGGUUGUCUGUCAGAGCAGACUGUUCUAGAACUCUGGCUUCCAGAACCUCUGGGUUCCACCCUGGUUGUCUGUCAGAGCAGACUGUUCUAGAACUCUGGCUUCCAGAACCUCUGGGUUCCACCCUGGUUGUCUGUCAGAGCAGACUGUUCUAGAACUCUGGCUUCCAGAACCUCUGGGUUCCACCCUGGUUGUCUGUCAGAGCAGCAUAGCAAUAACAAGUGGCGCUUCUGUUCUAGAACUCUGAGGCUUCUAGAACCUCUCUGGGUUCCACCCUGCCUGUGGGAAAACAACAUUAUUUUGAAAUAAAAACAGAGUUG